AUGGUUUUGGAGGAAAAUGGAAAUGUGGUUUCCAAACGUGUAUGUGUGAUUGGGGCAGGUCCAUCAGGUUUGGUGGCAGCAAGGGAGCUGAGAAAGGAAGGCCAUGAUGUUGUUGUCCUUGAACAAAAGCCUGAUAUUGGAGGUCAAUGGCUUUAUGAUCCAAAUGUUGAAGAUGAGGACCCAUUGGGAAACCCUACACGUGCCCAAAAGGUUCAUAGCAGCAUUUAUGCAAACUUAAGGGUGUUUUCUCCAAGGGAAAUCAUGGGUUUCACUGAUUUUCCAUUUAUUCCAACAAAGGAUGGAGGUGGGGAUUCUAGGAGGUACCCUGGACAUGGUGAAGUGCUUAGGUACUUGCGAGAUUUUUGUGAACGGUUUGGAAUAAGGGAUAUGAUUAGGUUUAAUAGUAAGGUGGAAUAUGUUGGAAUGGUGAACUAUACAGAAAGCGGUGAUGUUGUUGUUCAUGAGGAUUUGAAAUGGAUUGUGAGAAGUGCAAUUGAGGAGAAGCAAGGUGUCCACAACAAGGUUGAUCAGAAGGCGGCCGCGCCGGUGGUGGCAGAAGAAGUCUUUGACGCCGUGGUUGUUGCCUCCGGCCACUAUUCGCAGCCUUGGUUGCCUACCAUCAAAGGCAUGGAUGUAUGGAAAAGGAAGCAAAUGCACAGCCACGUGUACAGAGUCCCACACCCAUUUAAGAAUGAGGUGGUGGUGAUUGUUGGAAAUUCAUUAAGUGGACAAGAUAUUUCAAUGGCUCUAACUAGUGUGGCAAAGGAGAUACAUUUGAGCGUGAAAGAUUUAAACGUUACAGAAGGCCUGUCCAAAGUCAUUGACAAACAUGAGAAUUUUUACCUUCAUCCUAUGGUAGAAUCAAUGCAUGAGGAUGGACGAGUUUUAUUUAUCGAUGGUGGUUGGAUUAUUGCUGACACGGUAAUAUAUGCUACAGGAUAUUCAUAUUCAUUCCCAUUUCUCGACACCAAAGGAAUAGUAUCCAUUGAUGAGGAUAGAGUUGGCCCUCUUUAUCAUCAUACGUUCCCGCCUCUUCUUGCGCCUUCACUUUCAUUCGUUGGUAUUCCCAAAAUGGUGUUAGGGUUUCCGUUCUUCGAGUCACAAGCAAAAUGGGUAGCCCAACUCCUCUCGGGGAAAAAGAAGUUGCCAUCAACAGAGGAGAUGAUGGUGUAUGUCCAAGAAUUUCAUCGUUCUAGGGAUUCGGCUGGCGUUCCAAAGCGUUACACUCAUUCUGUCGUACCAUAUGAUGGUUUUGAGUAUUGCGAUCAGUAUGCUGAUUUCUCCGAAUCACCUCACACAGAAGAUUGGAUGAAGAAGUUAUUGAGAUCAAGUUAUGAGGGUUAUCUUUCCGAUUUGGAGAAUUUUCGGGACUCAUACGACCAUGAUCACGACAUGCUUCAAUUGGCUUACCAAAGCUCUUACUUCACCAAUUUUCAAUUAUAA